AUGCGCGAACGCGACCACCGCAACCACCGCCGCCAAAACAACGGGCCCGGCCCCCCAAACAAAACCUACCCCCCAGGCACAAUCCAAUACCGUCUCCAACACGCCGUCGACGAAAGCGCCGCCAUCCGUCUCAACCCGUCAACCUACCAAUUUGAAACCCCCGAUUCCAGUCUGCGGCUGGAACUCUUUACCGAGCUGCACACCCACGGCUUCAAGAACGGAGUCUUCGCACAGAUAACCAUCGAUACAUCCCCAGAAGACACCUUACAGUUACUAUUGGACUCACCUGCUCUUACGGAAGGGGAAAAGAGUAAGGUCUUGCGGUUCAAAGAGGAGUAUGAGGAUGGGAUGGGGGAGGGGAAUAUCUGCGAGUAUAUCUUGUCUCUUGAUCGCUUCCUCAAGAUGCUUAGACGGGAUGCGUUUUUGAGGAAUGUUAUUUCUGAGAUCCCCGCUACGGAGAUUACGGUUCGACGCGAGGAGAAACUGCCAACGAUUUUGAGGAUCGAUGAGUUUGGCGAGGUGACGUUUGUGGGGAUUGGUGAUGUGAGUAUUCCGAAGGCGUUCGAGGGGUAUAUGAGACAAUGGAGAGUGACUCAUGAUGUCCCGCCUUGUGAGCCGAGGGGUGAGAUGGAGGGUAGUAUGGAGCCUCCUCAGACUCCUCAGACGGGGAAGUCGAUUGAGGCGUUGCAGAGGAUGGGGAUUCGUGUUGGGGGGUUUGGUAAUGAGACGGCGACUCCGGAAGGGAUGAAUGGGAAUGGGGAGGCGCAUAUUGAUGUUGGAGGACCGGUGGAUGGCGAUGGAGGGGCAGGAUCUGGUAAUGGGGAGAUGCAGACUGGAAAUGGAAAUAUCCAGACCGUGGAUUUGACAACUGAGAAAGAUGCCGAAGAUGGAGAUGAGGCUUUACGCCUCGAUCAACUGGAUCAGCUCGAUAAAGAAGACGAAGCUUACGUAGACAGAGAAUCAGAUAGUGAUUAUGAAGAUUAA